AUGUCUACCACCCUGAUCUCAGCAGACAACGAGUGGUCUCCGCUCAAGGCCGUCAUUGUCGGCCGGGCAGAGCACUCGGCCUUCCCGUCGGAGCCACGGGCCGUGUUCGAGGCGAGCAUGCCGGCCGAGCACGUCGACGAGUUCCGGCCGGGGAACCCGUUCCCCGCCGACAUUGUGGCCAAGGCGCAGGAGGAGCUCGACAACCUGGCGUCGGUGCUGCAGCAGCACGGCGUCAAGGUCUACCGGCCGGACGAGGUGGACUGGCUCAAGGUCGGGGGCUACACGGGGUCGAUGCCGCGGGACACGCUCAUGACGGUGGGCAACACGCUCAUCGAGUCCCCCUUUGCGUGGGCCUGCCGCCGGCGCGAGGUCGAGCUCGGCUACUCGAGCAUCCUGCGCGAGCUGUCGUCGGGCGGCGGGCCGGCACGCAUCUGCCGCGCGCCGACGAUCCUCGGCAAGGACACCAUCUACGACCAGGCCGUGAUUGACGGCACGCGCGAGCCCAACGGCAGCCCGAGCUGGUCCAUCAACAACUCGCGGCCGGCCAUGGACGUGGCCGACUUUGUGAGGCUGGGCAAGACGCUCGUCGGGCAGCUGAGCCAUGUCACCAACAUGAAGGGCAUCGAGUACCUCCGCGCGCAGGUGCCCGACGGCUACUCGGUCGAGGUGCUGCGCACGACCGACGACCACGCCAUGCACAUUGACACGACGAUCCUGCCGCUGCGCCACGGCCUGGCCGUGUACAACCCGGAGCGCGUGAGCGAGGCCGAGCUGCGCCGGCACGCCGUCUUCGCCGGCUGGGACCUCCGGCCGUACCCGAUCAAGCCGAAGCCGCGCGAGCCGCCGAGCCCGCCCAUGUACAUGUGCUCGCCAUGGCUGGUGCUCAACGCGCUGAGCCUGAAUGAGAAGCAGAUCUUUGUUGAGGAGCAGGAUGUCGAGUUUGCCAACUGGCUCCGGGACGAGUUUGACAUGGAGCCCAUCACGCUGCCGUUUCAGCAUGUGAACUGUCUCGGGGGCUCGUUUCACUGCGCAACCGUGGACUUGGUGCGCGAGUAG